AUGUCUUUGGAGCCAGCAGUGGUCGACGAACGACGCGUCAAGAGUAAUCAAGCGGCCAAGAUGGCACGGAAGAGUCAUGAUGACCAUCACAGAAGAUAUAUCACCGGGACAUUUGUCGGCGAUGAUAGGAAUCGUAACGACUGCCAACGUCCCAGUGACAGCGACGAUCGGAUGUCAGCCGCACUAGAAAUAAUAAGACCACGGGUCAAGCGGAAUAACUUUGGCAGCGGAGACGUCCGAAAUUGGGAACGAUCGGAUUGGGUGACCUGUGACUACGGUGAAAAGCCUGGAAACUUUGACGGGGCCGUCGAUUGGACGAAACCUCAAGCAGACUCAAACAUUGCCACGACGGUCGACGGCGCCUCAGACAGUUACCAUCCGGUUCGGCGACGACUUUACACGGACUGCGAACGCAGCGAGACCGCGACGCCUGUAGCAGUGGACGACGUGGACGACGCGUCACCCGAAGACCGACGGCGGCGACGGCACGGCACACAGCAAUGGUUCGGCAAUUGCUGGCGACCGAAACCGUCAUCAGCGGUACCCGACAUCCAUCAGAAUCACCAUCGUCGGGUGCACCGGCACCGUCACCAUCACCAUCAUACGCACCGUUUGCACAUGUGGACGAGCAGUUGCUGCUGGUGGCUGUUGGUGUUCUAUGCGGUGGUCGUAGUCGUUGCGUCGUUUGCCCGAGCUGCGCAUUCCGCCAAAGACGUUCCAGUUUACCACGUAAGAGCAGUCGCGGGGCAGCAAGCUCGUUUACCUUGUGAUAUCUCGUUGGUAUCCGACGAAGAAGAUGAUUUAUCAGAUCCAGGAGCUGAUUCACCGCCCCUUGACGGCGAAAGCUCUCUUGCAUCUGGAGCAAAUUUAAGGGAUGCUGUACUAUUGGUUUUAUGGUACCGUGAUGACCUGGGCACACCAAUUUACAGCGUGGACGCCAGAUCUUCUUCUACACAUACUCAUCAGCCGUAUGACUCCACGUCGUAUCAUUUGAUGACCACGGGUGCAGAAAGAUGGUCUGACCAACGAGUGUUUGGUGACCGAGCACAUUUUCAUGUUAACGCAGACAAAACAGAAACAGAAUUGAAAUCGAAAAUAAAUAGUCAAAAGAAAUCGACUGUCUCGACAUAUUAUUCAUCGGAAUUAAGAAUCGACCGGGUCAGCGUAAAAGACGCGAUUCACCUUUACCGGUGUCGAGUUGAUUUUAGAUUAGCUCAAACCCGCAAUUCAAAAGUGAAUCUAACUGUGGUCGUGCCACCGGAUCGCAUGGAAAUUAUGGACUUGGCCACGGGUCGACAGCUACUGCGACGACAAGACGGAGAUAGCGUUAAUAGCAAAAAUGAUCGAGGGUCGGAGGCGUCUACCACGACUACCACAACGGUCGUAGGGCCUUAUGUCGAGGGAUCGGACGUGCGUGUUCGCUGCCGGGUAUAUGGAGGCAAACCAAGACCUCGUGUAGCAUGGUUUCGAGAUAAUCGGUUAUUAAAACCAGAAUCUGACGAUCCUGAUGAUAUCAACGUUUCUCAACAACAAGACGUCACUGCUAUUGACGGUUAUGCGACAGCAACUGUUACAUCAAGCUCGUCCACUUCCACCGGAGGUGACAACUCGGAAGGAGUUUUAGAAGUAGAUCUGACCUUGACAGGAUUAACGCGUAGCGAUUUGCACACCGAACUCACUUGUCGAGUGUGGAAUUACUUUUACGACGACGAGGAGUAUUCAAUUAUUGUUACCAAUAGUGGUUCGAGUAAUAUUGAUACAAGUAUUGAAAAAGAAAACAUGAGCGGAGAUGUUGAUCCCAGCCGUUGGACCCUGAGACAACGUCAGUCUUCGUUGACAGCCGUCGUUCAUGUGGAUAUGAAUUUUCCACCAUUGACUGUUCAAAUCCUACCGAUCGCAGAAAAUGGCCACUUUAGUGGUAUUGACAACGAUUUACAGCCACCUCCUUUCACACAGUCUUCGGCGAAAAUGACACCAUUACCGUUACCCGAAGACGAUGAUCGUUUGUCUGUGCACAGCAGUAAGAUUCAAGAACAACGUCAGCUGCAACCAUUAACGGCUGGGAGGAAAUACGAGUUACCGUGUCGGGCUUACGGGUCACGACCGCCGGCAAAGCUAACGUGGUGGAUGGAUGGUCGGCGAUUAGACACUACACGUGAGACGACUUCAACCGACGGAAACUCAACGACAAGCGUAUUGACGUUCGUACCUGUUAAACCGACGAUCAAAUCACGUUACCAAGAACCCGUAGAAGCUGACGAGCACAGAACGUCUGACUAUGACGGCAGGUUAACUUGUAGGGCCGAAAACCCACAGCACCAACUGUCGACGUCCCAGCGAAAGCACACAAUAGCGGCCGGUAGUGAUUCGUCUGAUGAUGCCGGAACGCCUUUCAUACAAAGCACAUGGUUGUUACGGAUACAAUAUGUUCCUGAGACUCAAAUCACAUUGGGUACCAACUUACGAGCAGAUGACAUACGUGAGGGUACAGAUGUGUAUUUCGAUUGUACUGUGGAUGCGGUGCCACCUGCGUAUAAAGUCCAAUGGAAACGAGAUGGCAUAGAACUACAUCACAAUGCUGGUGGAGGUGGUUCAAUGUCUGGAAGCGGAUCAACUACAACAAUUAUUAUCAGUAAUCAGUCAUUGGUGUUACAAGGAGUCAGCCGCCGUGAGGCCGGUCAUUAUACAUGUGGUGCUGAAAAUGCUGAAGGUCCCGGGCCUCAUAGCAAAUCAAUUCAUCUCGAUGUUCUCUACGCUCCUACGUGUACACCAAGUAACAGUGCUGGAAAAGCUGUUCAACGAGUGGUUUAUGGUGUGGCAAAGAAAGAAACCGUAACGAUUGCUUGCCAUGUACAAGCGAAUCCUGCACCAACAGAAUAUCGUUGGUCGUUCAACAAUACAAUUUCUUCAAUUGCUACUGGUGGUGGAGCUGGGUCUACCUCGACGGGAUCCUUGAUCAAACAACGGUUCAGUAGUAUUGGAAAUUUAGCCGGUUCUUCUUUGAACUCAUCGAGAGUGUUAACUUAUGCUCCAAGAACCGAUUUUGACUAUGGAACGGUUGAAUGUUGGGCGCGAAACCGAGUGGGUAUGCAAGCGCAUCCCUGCGUCUAUCACGUCAUUGCUGCAGGUCGACCAGAUCGUGUAACUAAUUGUACGGUAGUGAACUCUAGAGCUGCUAUGAAUCUAAAUGGAACAAGAAGAUUAAGGAGUUCCAAAAACUCAGGAUCACACAUUUUUAUAAGAUGCACCGAAGGAUAUGACGGUGGCUUACCUCAACGUUUAUGGGCCGAAAUCAGAGAGGAUUCUAAAGUCCAACAUUCAGACUUAGGUGGUGACGAUUUAAGUGGAGAUUUAGUACUUAAUGUAACAGGUAUUGAUGAACAAGACCAACCAGGUUUCUCAGAUUUAAAUCCAGAUGAAAAUAAAAAAUCAGAAAAUGCUGCUUCUCCGCCGGUUAAAGUAUUUGUAGCAAGAGGUUUGAAACUAGGAGCUGUAUAUAGAGUUGAUGUGAUGGCUAGCAAUGCCAAAGGACGGUCAGAACCAUUAACAUUAAUGGUAUCAAUACCAAUGGGGAUGAUGGGAGUUGAUUCUGAUGAACAAAACCAGAACGGAAUUUCAAAUACAAUGACCACAAUAGACGGUCAAGAUCCCGAUCGAGCCCGGAAUUUACUAUUGGAACAACAACGAGAACAGGAACGUGAUCGAAGGUUGCAAGAGAAUGGUGGUGGCGUGGGAGAUUUUCGGAUGACGCGCGCCAUGGCUAUAGUGCUGCUCGUAGCCGGGUCAUUGGUAGUGGUCGCUUGCGGAGCGGCCACAUUUCUGCGGUACCGUCGAGACGACGACGACGACGACAACGAUGACGACGACCAGGACAACGGCCGUGGACCGGAACGGACUGUGGUGGACGUAGGCACAGUGUGCAUCGCAGGUGCAGGGAACAAGCCGGAAGGACCGGUGCACUGUCAGCCGGCCAAUGCAGACGGUUGCGCGGUUCCGCCGAACGUCGAGAUGCCGAACAACAACAACAACGUUGGUGUGAACUUCGGCAAUGGAAACAACAACAGUGGCAAAAACAUGACUCCGACCGACAACAGCAAGGAAUAUCACUGCGGUAACGUCGUUGGCGGACGGGUGGUUGGUGGCCUGCAGAGGAUCUGCAGCAACACGAUCGGCCGGGGUGGUGCAGUCCCGAUCGGUGCCUCUUGCGCAGACGGCGGUGGAUCGCAGCAAGACAUCGUCUCAGGAACGCCAAUCGCGCUAGUGCCACCUUCACGUGCGUCUCCGACGACUCUCUUGCGCGGCGCGUCGUCUAUCAACAACAACGCGCAGCAAUCGUCGUACGGCGCUACGUGCAAGCCAUCAUUACAGCAGAAAAUGUCACUGUCGGCCACCGCCGCCAUCGACCAACCGGUACAGGGCCGGAUACCGCAGUCGUACCACAGCAGGAACCCCGACAUCAUACCGGCGCCGCUCAUGUCGCCUGGCACCGUUUACAAUAACUACAACAGCGAUCUUGGUGACCCAGCUGACUCCAUGACUCUCAUCAUGGCUUCGUCCACGUCAUCAUCUCCAAUACACAACCACCGUCAACAGCAGGUCCAUCACCAGCACAACCGUUACAACAACCCGCCGGGACAAUACCACCCGGGCGUCAUGACUCUCCGUCGGCCCGUGGUUAUCAACACACAAUAUUAUGGCGGAGGCGGUGGCGGUGGUGGCAGCACUCUGCAGAGAAACAACCUACAACAACCCGACCCGAUCGUCAUGGUCAAAGGCGUCUCAGUGGGAGCUGUCAAUUAUCCGGCGACGGCGUCUUCGGCCGCGGCUUACUGCACCCUCCCACGUUCCUCUUACCACCACCACCACCAACACCACCAAAACCACAACCUGCACAACCACCAACAUCAUCAUCAACAGCAACAGCAACACUGGCAGCAGCAGCAGCAGCAGCAACAACAACAGGCGCAUCACCCACAGCAGCUGCACCAACUUCCCACCGACCUGGAAGUGGACGUGGUCGAACCGCCGCCGCCGCCCUGGCCACCACACAAUCUUACCGGCGCUUACCCGGCGACUGUGAUCGUCGUCCCGUCACCACCGUUGCCCUCACCACCGGUACAGCAGUCGACACCGACGGCCGCGGUCAUCGUUCCGGCGCCCGACAAACCUCAAGCGGUCAACAAACGAGAGAGCGCAGUAUGA